GAUGCGUGUGCGCAUGCGCGGGGGCGAAAAGUGCGUUGUAGAAUGAUGACGGUGGGCCGGCACACAAACAGAUUAUACUUCUUUUAAUCCCCUGCUCGCCGCCCGCAGCCAUAUUGUAUGGGAAAAACGACCAGAAGACUCUUCUUGUCAAGAAAACAAGUGGUUUUGUCCAACAGUCCAGACCGGGACUUUGGAGGACUUUGAUCCGUCUUCAAGGCCAGCGUUGGCGGGGGAGACUUGACUUCAUGUCGGCCUGCUAGCUCGCCAGCUGCUGGGCAACAAAACUCUCUUUUCUCUCGCUAUUUGCUCUCAUUAUUUCCUUUCCAAGCGUUAACUCCAGUCGGGAAGAUGAAGGACCGAUUGGAGCAACUGCGAGCGACGUGCGAUCACGACGACGACGAAGUGGAGAUAGCCAUGGACAACGCAGCCUUCAUGGACGAGUUCUUCUCCCAGAUUGAGGACAUCAGGACCAGCAUUGACAAAAUAGACGAGAAUGUGGCUGAAGUCAAAAAGCUUUUCUCCAUCAUCCUGUCUGCUCCCACGUCAGAUCAAAAAACACAAGAGGACUUGGAAGCCAUCACCAACGACAUCAAGAAGAUGGCAAACAAUGCUAGAAACAAACUCAAGACCAUCGAGAGGAACCUGGAGUCCGAGGAACAGGAGAGGGUGUCUGCUGACCUGCGGAUACGUAAAUCUCAGCAUGCCGUGUUGUCCAGGAAGUUUGUGGAGGUGAUGACCAAGUAUAACGAAGCCCAGGUGGACUUCAGGGAGAGGAGUAAAGGACGUAUUCAGAGACAGCUGGAGAUCACCGGAAAGGCCACAACAGAUGAGGAGCUGGAGGAGAUGUUGGAGAGCGGGAAUGCUGCGGUGUUCACUGCAGGGAUUGUGGACUCUGGAAUCUCCAAACAAGCCCUGAGUGAGAUCGAAGCCCGACACAAAGACAUUGUUCGUCUGGAGAGUAGCAUCAAGGAGCUUCACGACAUGUUCGUAGACAUCGCCAUGCUGGUGGAGAACCAGGGUGACAUAGUAGACAACAUAGAGCAGAAUAUUUCCAAGUCAGUGGACCACAUCAUUGCAGCUAAAGAGCAGACCAAAAAAGCUGUCAGGUACCAGAGCAAAGCACGCAAGAGAGUGCUGCAUGUAGUGCUGAUUGUUCUGGUCUUGGUGGCCGUACUAGCGCUGGUCAUCGGGCUGUCAGUGGGCCUGACUGGCAGCUGAGCAGCUGUUUGAGUAAGCAGCUCAGAAAAUGAUCAUAAUCGCCGUGGUCUGUGCCGUGCUGGUCGCCAUCGUCCUCGCCAUCAUCCUCUCACAGACUCUAUAGCAGGACCUCUUCCCUCCAAACCAUUUCACUCCCCUCAUUCCUCAUCCCGAGUCUACGAGAAGAUCAAGACUCAACCAUCUAAAGCUAAGGUCAGGUUGUUCCGCCAUAAAUGAAGACUGAACCUGGUGUCACCUUCCUGUUUAUACAUGGACAUGAUCCUCUGCUAUAAGAAGCACAUAUUAUUAUUAUUAUUAUUAUUAUAAUGCCUUUAUGAGCCUUUGACACAUUUCACAAUUGGAAGGUUCUUGGGAGUUUCAGCACUUUCACGUUUUUCCACACAAAAAGAUUCAUCUCUGUUGCCGUGGUCUUGCACGCCCUCCUUUUGAAGGACAACUAGUCAUUCCAAAGAAGACCUUAGUUUGUAACACCCAAAAAGCAGUUUUUUUUAAAAAGAGUCUGCACCAACACUGUGUAACCUUAAAACAUAUCGUUUAUGGUUUUAAAGAUUUUUAGCAAAGCGGUUGCCAAAUAUGUCAACAACACCCUUUAAGUAUUGCUACUUUGUAUACAGCGUUUGUUUGUGCCCGUAUGGCAAUAAAGUUAGAUUGAAUGUGAGUCAAUACGCUGUAAAGUCAACACUUUUUAAAGGUUUUAUUGCUCGGAUGUGUGUCAUUAAAUCAUUAUUUAUGUUAAAGAACCACUGCCUCUGAGAGACAAAUAUCCAUGUGGACUUCAUCCAAAUGAUGCCUUCAUUUGUCACAGAGGGAACAAAACUGUGAUGUACUAAUGUUUUAUUGCUAAUUAAAUGUGUUUUUAUGUUA